CAGGUCUCCUGCUCUGUACAACCAUCCUCACCGCUGCUCACUACCGCGUAGCUUUGUGGCUAUAAAGUGCAAUAUAUAAUCCCGACCGCCCAUAGCCCGUUCACUCGAGUUCUAUAAAGGCAACUUCUUCUGUAGAGCGAAACACUAUGCCACUCGGUAUCCAACGACUAAAUGCGAAGAGAUCGCAACCCAAUGAGCGAAUCGUGUUCAUCAAGCCGCUGGAAGGGCCCGAUAAGGCGGUUGCACGGGAUUUUCUGGAGCGUAUAGCGGCACAAUGCUCUCCGAUAAUGCGAGAUCACCACCUCUCUGUCAUGUCUCUAGAAGAGUAUGAGCCAAAUCGAGAGUUUGUGGGCCGGAAUUUCAACGCCGGAGAAGUGAUCCAACUCGUACUCAAAUCUCAAUCCGGCCGAUGGCUUCCGUUUGAGUACGUCCAGAUGGUUAUGAUGCACGAAUUGGCGCACUGCAAGCAAAUGAACCACUCAAGAUUCUUCUGGGCAGUGCGUAACCAGUACGCCGAACAGAUGCGGCUUCUCUGGGGCCGUGGCUAUACCGGCGAGGGCAUCUGGGGCAGGGGCGUCAUGCUGAGCACGGGGGCGUUUCAGAAGAACACCAUUUUGCCGGGAGAGACGCUGCCGGCUCACCUCUGCGGGGGCACGUACCGGUCGCGCGGUCGGAAGCGCAAGGCCCGGCCCAAGCUGUCGUACCAGGAGCAAAAAGAACGUCGGAUCCUGAAGAAGUUUGGGCGGAACGGCGUGGUGCUCGGGGCGGACGAGGAAGUCAAGGCGGAGCCGGAGAAAGGCAAGAAGACGAAGGCGAAGGGGAAACCACGCGUGGCACGGAGCGCACGCGGUCGGGAACUGCGCGCCGCGGCGGCGCUCGCCCGUUUCGAUCAGCAGAAGAGUUCCGAGUCGGUCAAGCCGGAAGACGAGGACCCGGAAUUCAAGACGGAAGAAGCGGCGAGCGAGGGGAGUGACUAUGAGGACGACCCGGCCGAUCUCAAGACGGAGGAUGCGUUGGAUCUCGAUGGGCGGCGACUCGUUGAUAGUCAUGGCCGGGGGAUGAUCAAGGUGUGCGAAGAUGAGGACCCCGACGACCAGGAUGCGCAGCGGGAACUCCGCGAACUGCAGUCCACCGGCGAUUGGAAGCAGACACGGCUCGAAUACAAACCCGUGGCGGGUCAUCAGGAUGGAAUAGCGUCGUCGUCGCGGGGCCAGUUACCUGAUAAGGAGCAACAGCGAAGUGGGCCGGAGCGAUUGAGCGAAACCCACACCCCUAGAAUCAAGAAAGAGGACGAAGACGAAGACGAAGACGGACACGGACACGGACACCGAGACCUAGACCGAGACAAGGUCGAAGGAAAAUUUGUGGCGACUGGAGAAUUCACGCCAACGACGGUCAAGGUCGAGGAGGAAAGCGAGACGCCAAGACGCCCAACUACACUCGACGAAGAAGAUCCGCCACGGGCUACAGCUUGCGGCGCGUGUUCGUUUCUCAAUCUUGCACAGUCUAUAUUAUGCAGUGUGUGUUCCAAUGUCCUGGACCCAGAAAGCGUCCCUGGGGCGUGGAGGUGCCAAAGGUCUGGGUGCAGGGGAAGCCAGUAUCUGAACCCUGGAGAUUACGGAGUGUGUGGCAUUUGCGGGCAAGGCCGGUCAUAAUUCUUCUUUAUAACGAGGGGACAAUCAGUGCAAGUAAAGUUUCAAGAGAAGUGGCGAGCCCAAGAACACCAAAUCAUACAAGUAUUCGAAUAACCUACAAAGUGGCUCAUCUUAUUAUUUAUAGCGCCUGGAUAUUGAUAUCUGCCCUAUACAAAACCUAUCCCU